AUGUUACUUUUUUGUUGUGCAGGCAUUGUCGAACAUCUGAUCCUCGCUCACCUCCGCGAUAAGGCGGAGGUGGAGGUGCUGGAGGAUGUGUGCGAGGAGGAGCUCGACGAGCUCGUCCCCAACCCUUUCUACCCUGAUCCUGCCGCCCCUGCGAGCAAGAACAGCGAUGGAGCCUCCUCUCCAUCUGAGGAGGAGGAGGAGGAGGAGGAGGAGGAGGAGGAGGAGGAGGAGGAGGAGAAGGAGGAGGAGGAGGAGGAGGAGGAGGAGGAGGAGGAGGAGGAGGAGGAGGAGGAGGAGGAGGGGACGGAGGAGGAGGAGGAGGAGGAGGAGGAGGAGGAGGAGGAGGAGGAGGAGGAGGAGGAGGAGGAGGAGGAGGAGGAGGAGGAUGAGGAGGGCGAGGAGGAAGGCGGUGCGGAGGUGGAGGGUGGAGCGGGAUGGGAGGAUCCAGGCCAUGAGUGGUGGGCAGAAAGGCGAUAUGAUGGGGAGGAGGUGGAGAUUUGGGUUGCGGGACAGGAUUAG